AUGGCAAUGCUCUCUAGGGAGCCAAGUCCUCUCAUUCCACAAACUCUGGAUCAUCGCAUCGACUUGGGAACAACCAACUCUUGUGCUUGUGCCGAGAUGUCUUGCGUCAUUGAGAACUCGGAGGGUGCCCGCACAACACCUUCUGUCGUCGCCUUUGCCAAGCAUGGCGAGCGACUGGUUGGUCUCCCCGCGAAACGACAAGCCGUGGUCCAUGCGACGAACACCGUCUUCGCAUUCAAGCGUCUUAUUGGGAGGCAGUUCACUGACAAGGAGGUCGCCGACGACCGACGACCGCAAAACACUGGCCAUUUAUCGUCAUCAGCAAGCGUGACGGCAGGCCAGCUGUUCCCGGUUGAGUAUGAUGGAGGGAAGAAAACUUUUUCAGCAGAGGAACUUCCUUCCAUGGUGUUAACCAAGAUGAAGGAAACGGCGGAGCAAUACCUGAACCAGAAAGUCAACCACGCUGUCAUCACAGUCCCGGCCCAUUUCAACGACGCUCAACGACAAGCGACUAAAGAUGCUGGACAAAUUGCUGGACUGAAUGUCCUUCGUGUCAUUAACGAACCCACGGCGGCGGCUCUCGCCUACGGACUGGACAAAGACAGUAAAGCCAAAAUUGUCGUUGUCUGCGAUCUUGGUGGUGGAACUUUCGAUAUCUCCAUUAUCGAAAUGCCGACGGCGGCGUCUACGAAGUCAAGUCCACCAACACGACACCAUCUUGGUGAUGAGGGCUUCGACAUUCUCCUCGUUGACCACAUCCUCAAGGAAUUCAAAUCCGAGCACGGUAUUGACCUCAAUGGCGAUCGGAUGGCCAUCCAGCGUAUCCGUGAAGCGGCAGCGAAGGCCAAAAUUGAGCUUUCGUCAACCGCCCAGACGGAAAUCAACUUGCCGUUUAUCACCGCCGACGCAACUGGUCCCAAGCAUAUCAACACGAAACUGCUCCAUUCGCAAUUUGAGGCCCUUACUUCUUCCCUCAUCCAACGCACUGUCGCUCGCUGCAAGAAGGCCCUGUCCGAUGCUGGCGUCAAGCCCAGCGAUGUCCACCAGGUUAUCCUUGUCGGUGGUAUGACCCGUAUCGAAACUCUUGGCAGUAUCAUGACCAUCUCAUCACUCGCAACACGACCAUCCCUACUACAAAAGUCGCAGGUCUUCUCGACUGCUGCUGAUCGUGAAACUGCUAUCGAGGUCAAGAUCUACCAGGGCGAGUGUGAACUUGUUGUGAAUAACAAGCUCCUUGGUAACUUCAACCUGGUUGGCAUUCCGCCUGCUCCCAAAGGUGUCUCCCAAAUCGAAAUUACCUUCGACAUCGAUGCUGAUGGUAUUGUCAACGUCUCUGCCAAGGACAAGGCCACCAGAAGGGACCAGUCUAUCACCAUUUUGGACAAGGAGCGCCGCGACCUCAUCAAACUGUCUAACAAGGCCAAUUCCUUCUGCGUGGACACCGAGAACUCGGUCAACGAGUUCAAGGACCAACUCGAUACCGCCAUCAAGACCAAGAUGGAUGAAACCCAGGUUGCCUCGCUCGGCUUUCAAAAGCUCUACGAGAAGAAGAACGCUGAGCAUGCCGCGUCAUCGGAAGCUCCCGCUGAGGAGAGGAAGGACGACGAGAAGAAGGAGUCAAUGCCCGACGUGGUUCUAUAUUGCAUGACGCCUAACCUAGACACUAGAACCUUAAAUACUUACCCCCCCACUCAACAACUCAUGAAUCCAACUGGCAGUGAAGCUCAUGUGUGA